ACUAUUCCUGGAUCGGUCGUGUUCUAUCCAACCGAUGCAGUGGCAGCGGAACGUGCCACUGAAUUGGCGGCAAAUACUCGUGGAAUCGCAUUCAUACGCACGGGACGUCCGGCUUGUCCGGUCAUUUAUAAAAACGACGAGGUUUUCGAAAUCGGCAAAGGAAAAAUUGUGCAUGAAGCCAGCAAACCUAAAGUGCUUCUAAUUGGCGCAGGCGUAACACUGUACGAAGCACAAAAAGCGGCAGAGAAACUAAAGUCAGAAAAUGUCGAAGUGCUUGUGCUGGACCCAUUCACAAUUAAGCCACUGGAUAAGAAACUGAUUGUGGCGUCAGCGAGGAGAGCAGGAAACCGUAUUAUCACGGUUGAAGACCAUUAUCAAGCUGGAGGUUUGCUUUAUUCGUAA